GUGUGUCCUUUCUCUAUGUGUAAACUAACUUGCACUGUUGCACAGAAAAUCUUGUCAAUAAAAAAAGAAAUCGACAUACUUGUGUAAUUUAGUUUGAAAAAGAAUAGAAAAGAAAACAAUGUCAAUUAGUAAGUAUCCGAGCUAUUACUAGCGACUAUUUUGCAGGUGCACAAGUUCACUGAUUGCGAUCAAUCAAUCAGUCAUUCACCUGUUAAUUGAACUCAUGUGACCUUUAAACCGCGCUAUUUGCGCAAUGACUCACGAGUUGCUACUGCGCAUUUUAUUUUCACGUUGAUUAUCAGUAGUGCAUGUUGUCAGUGCACUGAGUGCAGCAUGCAGAGAUAUAGAUGCCCUACUGCCAUUACCAGGAAAUUGGCGAAUCGCGUAGUGUGUGUACAGUACUACGGGGAAUUCAACACGAGGAAACGGAAGAGACGUCUCUUAAAGUCCUUUUCCUUUCGAAAGAUUUUCAGUUUAACAACAUAAUGUGAAUAGUGGUUGUUUGAGGAAUUAUGUUAUACGCUUCGAUUGGCAGAUAAGUGUGUCAAAAUACGGCAGGAUAGGAAUGAACGGGAUGGAAUCACACGACAACGACCGAGUCACCGACAUCAACGAGUUCUGCGAAGUGGAGGCGCAGAAAGCCGCGGCGACUUUCGCCCUGGCCUACCACCAGUUCAUCACGGAGAACCCACCCGCGGAUGACAUACCCGUGGACGAGAACAGAUUCGCACGGCGAUUUGCCGAUCACUUCAUGGACCACUUCGAGACCGAGGUCCGACGGGCCUACAACACCGUCAGUCCCUCCGAUCUGAGGGAAGACCAACAGAACGCCAACACUCACGACGACCCGGCCGGUAGCCCGGCGGCCAGCCCCACUGAGUCCGAGAACAACGCGAACGUCAACACCAGGCUCUUAUCGUCCGACUCCGGGCCGCGGCCUGGGAACAGAAAUGGGACCACAGCCAUGUUCAACGGCGACCCAAACGGUCGCUAUUCCAGCAACUCCAGCCUUGACGGCAACCACAUCAACUCUGUCAAUCAGACUCCUCCUCCGAGAAGCGAAGUCAAACUCCCCAGGAAAUUUUCCUUCAGGAACAUGACGGAGAAUGUUACCCAUGUUAUCAAUCGUUUCCGAAAAGCUCACCAAACCACCGGUCAGCACCACCGGGAACGCGGGAUCCGGUAUGCCCCAGAAGACAUUGUCAGAGAGGGAAUUGUGAAUUUGCUAACGGGGGAAGAUCAUCAAUGUAAACAAAAGUGGGAGCGAAGUCGACUGGUUCUGGUCAAACGACUUGAGGGCCACAUGCUGGAUUUUUAUGCGCCGCCCAAGUCCAACAAACCAAGGAACGGCAUCUUCUGCUUCCUAAUAGAAGAGGCCAGAGAGACGACUGCACUGGAACUCCCUGAAAAAGAAAACACUUUUGUGCUGAAGGCAGAGAACAACCUUGAGUAUGUCUUAGAAGCGCAGAGUAUGCAGGAUAUGCGCUCCUGGCUGACUAACAUCACGGCCUGUAUGAAUAUGCCUAAUUUGCCAAGGAGACCAUUACCCAGCGUGCCUGAUCAUUCCCCAGAGCCCGACAACUCCUCGUCCUCCUUCAGUUUCUUGAGGGCGAGACCGAACCUCACCGUUCAAAUCCCUGAUUGGACAGCCAACAGCCCCAGCAACUCCCGCAGCCCACUUACACCCGAGAACUCUGGGGAGGGCUUCUCCAGUCGGGAUCCAAGCCCACCUGCAUCCCCACCGCCCCGGAUCCCGCCACGUCGCCGCCAUGGCAACACUAACAGUCCGGAUCGGUUGCCCAGCGGCGGCUCCGACACACCCCUGAGCCCCGACUUGCCCCCGCUGCAUGAUGCUCAGUCCAGAAUCCUGGAUGGAUCAAAUCAAAACAUCAACCUUGACUCAGAAGAGCCGGCCCCGGUAACCGACCACCCUCUCAAUGAGCAUCUAUGGUUCCACGGUACCCUGUCCAGGGUGGAUGCGGCCAAGCUGGUCCUGCAGGGGGGUAACGCAAGCCACGGCAUGUUCCUGGUCAGACAGAGUGAGACACGGCGUGGGGAGUGCGUGCUGACGUUCAACUUCCACGGCAGGCCAAAGCAUCUUCGACUGACUCUUGACGGCAGCGGCCGGUGCCAGGUCACCCACAUGUGGUUCGAGAGCAUCAUCGACAUGCUGGACUACUUCCGCUCCAACCCCAUCCCCUUGGACAGCCGGGACGGGGCCAGCCAGCCGGACGUGACUCUGACCGAGUACGUGCCCAACGCCCAGUCGGUCAGCACCCCUAGCACCCCUCUCACGCCCCAGACCCCCGAGGCGGGCGGCAACGGCCGGGGGCUGGGCAACUCCAAUUCCCUCAUGGUCUCAUCCAACGAGUUCCUCGGCUCCGGCAGCCAGUUUUCCCUGUCCAUGAAUUCGGGCGGUCAGUCGCCCUCCCCUCUCGACGGCCAGGGAAGGGGCUCGUCAACCCGGGCCGUCAAAAACCAGUAUUCAUUCGUUUGAUAUUUAGCACAUGGAUUGAUUACUUAGAAACUUUGCCUGAUUGGCCUGAUUGACCUUGACCAAAGCAAAAACUGAGUCGGACUUCAAAAUCCAUCAGAAGUCAUCUCAAGUGAAAUCACAGCUCAAGUCAAAAGAAAGGUUGCAAGUAACUGAGGAUGAACCAUUACAGUGUCUUAAGAGCACAGGGAUGUGCAUCACAAGUCCCUGCAAGUCCAUCACAAGUCCUCCAGUCCCAAUUCAACUCAUAAGCUACUCACAUGAGUUUUGGCAAAGCAUUCCUUUUGUUAUUGUUCAUCCACUCUGGAUGGACUUGUGAUUAACUUGUGACUGGACUUGUGAUUGGACUAAAUUUGACUGGACUACAUCCCUAUUGUAGCAUAGUCACACCAUAUGACUUGAGACUGAGCAUCUUGAGAAUGACUUGUGAUAAACUUGUGAAAACCUACGAGCACUUGACCGCAACUCUGUAAUGAUAUCCUACAUGGCAGGACUGGUGUUAGGAAUAAUGUCGAAAGUGUCGAGGUCAAGAUUGAAGCCAAUAUGAGUUGCCCGUACAUUGCACCGUUCCAUGCAUUGGUGACCACAUACACGUGUUGUCAGUGCCUGCUGCUUGUGUAGUUUAACAUCUGCUCAUGCGCUACUUACCAGAAUAGCUUUUGUAACACAAUAGUUUGU